UUUUAGAUUGUAACCAUUUGACUGGAAGCAUGCGCAUUGAAAAUAGAAACAUGAGAUGGACACUGAUGCCACUCUUUCUGGCUGGUGUCCUCUGCAAUACACGGAGAGUGGAAUACCACCAGCAACGUGUCUGUGCAGUGAAUGGCUCGUACGUUGUCAUUCCUUGUUCGUUUUACUAUCCUGACAACCACAGUGGGGAAAGAUUCAAGUGGGGUCAUGUAAAGUCUCAUUCCAAGGGUCGUUACAUUUAUGACAGCAACUCAAAAAAAGUCACCACACGAUUCCAGUAUAUUGGUGACAAAAAACACAACUGUUCUUUAAAAAUACACCACGUGGAGCAUCAUGAUGCAGGAAAGUAUACCUUCAGAUUUACAACUGACCUCGAAGACGGCAAAUGGACCGGUAAAGUCGGCUUAACAUUAAAGGUUGUUGAUUUGAAUAUUUCCGUGACACGGCCCGAUGGAAACAGAACGACGAAGGAAGGCGACUCUGUGAAUAUGACCUGCGUGAACGUCUGUGACGACGAUAACCUUUCGUCUGCUUUCAUCUGGUUUAAGAAUGGAGAACCCAUAAAGGAAGGACCUGUACUUUAUUUAAGCAACAUGUCCUCCACAAACUCUGGAAACUACUCUUGCUCUCUGAAAACACACACAGGAACAGCUUCAGGAGUCAUACAUAUUGAUGUUCAAUAUGGCCCCAAGAACACAUCAGUGUCUGUCAGACCAUCGACGGAGGUAGACUUCGGGAGCACCAUCACCCUGAUCUGCAGCAGCCAUGCAAACCCUCCAGUGGAGGAUUAUACUUGGUUUAAAAUCUAUGACGACGACGACGACGAUAUUAUGGACGUGGGACACCGGCCUGAGUUCCUCCCUGCUGAUGGUGGUCAGUAUUUAUGCAGUGCCACCAAUGAACAUGGGAGCCAAAACUCCUCUGUUGUGACGAUAAAGAUUAAACCAUAUUGGGCAACAUUGAGCACCAGAGAUGUGCUGAUCAUUGCUGCUGUUGCUGUGCUUCUGAUUGUGAUCACCGUUAUCGCCCUCAGAAGACUCCACAAAAAAAGGAUGUGCACACCGAAGACGGACAGUGAGGAGGACAUACAGGAAACAGACUAUGUCAACUGGCUCGCAGGUGACAAUAACCAAUCACAAGAGGGCAAUCAGUGUGAGGGAGGAGGAACAGCAGAAGUCAUCUAUACAACCGUAUACUUCAAUAACAAAACAAAGUCAAACAUGGAGCAGCAGAUGGACUCCCAACCUGAUGAUUAUGAGAAUGUGAUUUACAUCAGUUUGCAGAAACCAGCUGUUGAACCGUUCGUACAUUGA